AUUGAUGUCAUGCAAUCGCUAGCAAUGUCGCAUGUGCAGUUUUAUUCAAAAUCUGCAUUUGUUGAACCCGAAGCAGCAGCAGAAGUCAAUGAACAACACAAUGCAUCUUCUGUGUUGCAUGAAGGUAGUAGGGGUAUAGCGCCGCCAUCAAAGAAAUGUGUUGAUGAUACAUAAGGACUAUAAAACUUCCUUAUGGAAGCGGAAGUAUAGUAGUAAUCUCAAAGGGCUACGAGAGCCUUAGAUGGAUGCAGGCCUUCAUCAAACAUAGGCGAACCAUUUCUCAUGAUGAAGUUCAGCUUGAUCUGGAAGAGCAAGAAACAGAGACUGAAACCCAUUUACACCAUGGGAAUGACGCAGUAGAUGAGGCGGAUGCUCUAAAUUUGAUGCAUCAAAUAGAGGGUCAGGAAGAAGACAUUGUCAAUGAUGACAAUUCUAGAUAUUCUAGAUGUAUCAACUGCCCCAUCCACUUUAUCUAUUCAAGAUACUCAAGUGGUAAAUAAGAGGAGUAGUGCUCCAGCAGAGUAUUUGAAGAGAAAAGCUUCAGUGGAAACACCGAACAGUGAUUCAAGACAGGGAACACUGAAAUGGUCAUACAACAAGAAUCAGAAAUUGGAACUUGAUGAUGACUUAUGGAAGUCGGCAAUUAAAAAACUGUCGAAAGAUGCCCCAGCUGAUGAUGAUUGCUCCUUUUUUGGGAGCAUGGUGGCAGAAAAGUUGAGGGCUAUUCCUCAGAGGAAGAGAAGUUUGGCACAGAUAAGACUGCUUCAGGUGCUCAUUGAGGAAUUUGUGGAAUUUGUUUUGGUUAUAUUAUUAUUAUAAUAAUAAAUAAUAUAAAAAUAUUUAUUUACCCGUCCAAAAUUACUAUGCAAUAAUAAAUUGAUGUAAUAACCACCAUUACACUUUUAAAUUAUAGAGUACAGUAUAUUUGUGUUUAUUAUUUAUUGUAGAGUACUACAUUGUUACGUCACGAUACCACGUUUUAAAAUGCCAAUUCCAGAAAGCCCAUUCUAAACUAUUAAUAUUAUGAAGUCAUUCAGGCGUAAUGAACGGUAACCAACAUCCAGAGCGGCGCCACCUGGUGUUGUGACGACACGACUGUGGUACUUUACACUAAGUUAAUACAUUUUAAAAAACCCUAAUUUAUAUAUACGGUACAAAGAUUUUAUUUAUAUUGACCUACCUCAUGACAAUUUUUGUGUUAAUUCAAUCUGAGAAAGUUUAUUUUACAAGUGAUUUUUAUUAUUUUUUUUUUCUUUAGACAAUACAACUUUAAGCUAUAAACUCCCACAAAAAUGUAAUAUUUCCUUUAGUGUGUAAAUGUUUGGUUUUUUUUUUAAUGUUUCAUGGUACAUAAUACUGUUAUAUACCGUUUAUACACUUAUCUAGUAUUUUAAUACAACAGUUUGCCAAACAGAAAAAAAUUAUUUUAUGUUUUAUGAAGUUUAAAUGUUUCCUUACAAAAUGUGUUUUCUUUACUUGUUUUAAACCAUUUUAUUUUCGUUUGUAUGUAUAUAUGGACUGUGAUGUGUGUGUAUGUAUUGUAUAUUUACUUAUCAUUUACCAUCUUGUAUCAAUCCAAUUCAAUUUUAUCUUUCCUGGGAUUUGCUGCAAAUAGUUUUUAUUUCCAAAGUAGUUGUUGAUGUGAAUAUACAGUAUAAUGUUGCCACUGUAUACCUAGAAAACUUUUGUGUACAUUACAGCCUUGCCUAGAGUAAAUUUGUCGUUCAUAUUUUCAGAGUUAUUUACCAGUUGCCAAUCAAUGUGUAUCAAUGUUUAAAAUUGAAAAUCAAUAUAUUGGUAUUUUCAGAUACCUGAGUAUGUGAUCUUUAAAAUGAGGGGUCAUUCAUUCAAAUUGGACAU